AUGAUCCCGGGGAACGAUGAGAAGAGCCAAAAGCGCCGCCAUAAAAUUGCACGAUACUUGAAUUUGACUUCGGCGUUGGCUUGGCGUGAACUAUCCAUUCAACUACGCGCAAAGUAUCCUAGCGUCCACCAUCUCGUCGAUGGAGGGCUAAUGACAGAAAAUGAAUUCGAAGCGCUGGAAGAGGUUCAGGCGGUCUGCCCCUCGGUACGCUGGAUGACGCCAUUACAUUGGGUCCAGAUGAUCUUGCAAGAACAUAUUGCUGAGGAUCAAACCGGCAGUUCAAAUUACAUGAAAGCUAUUAUGGGAGAAUUAAUGUCGUUUCGGCAGUCUUUCCGAGCGCUUUUCUGCUAUGAUUGGGUGUGCGUGCCGUUGGUUUAUACACAGGUCGCCACCGUAGCCACAUAUUCCUUUUUUAUAUUUUCGCUAUUUGGACGUCAAUUCACCAGUGCAGGGCGCGCCAUGACAAUCUCCUACUCUGGAAACUUUUUCCGUUUAUUGGUCCGGUGGAAGGGAUCGAUAUGGCGGACCACCUACAAAGAGUUGAUCGUAUAUUUGUCACUGUUUUAUGGCAUUAAGCUGUUUUACGAAUACGGGAUCGAAAUCUUGGUCCAGGAUCAAAAUCAAGUUGACGCAGCCAAAAACUAUUUCCGGUCGUACCCGAAGAUGCGAGACCUUGUCGAGGGCGGGUUGUUGACGGAAAAUGAGCUGAACGCACUGGAUGAUAUCCGGCAUUCCUGCCCGUCCGUUCGUUGGAUGGCUCCGUUGCAUUGGACCCAGAAGAUUUGCCAGGAGACGUUGGACGACGGCCCGGACAACACGAAAUUUGUGGGCGAUUUCCUAUCAAAACUUAACACGUAUCGACAAUCCUUCCGCAACUUAUUUUGUUAUGAUUGGGUGUGCGUACCGUUGGUUUACACUCAGAUAGCCGUUCUGGCCACAUAUUCCUAUUUCUUCUUUUCGCUAUUCGGUCGUCAAUUUUCUGAUGAAGGGGCAGAAUUGACCUUCCCCUUAUUCUUGGUCAUCGAGUUCCUCUUCAUCGUCGGUUGGUUAAAGGUGGCUCACGAACUGAUGCGUCCAUUUGGGCAUGGGGAUGAUGAUAUUGAAUUGCACUGGAUUUUAGAUCGAAAUAUUGCCGUGUCUUUUGCGAUUGUGCACAAGCUGCAAAAUACGGAGAGGCCCGCUGCAAACAACGCAAAUCGGCAUGCCAAAUGGAUUAUGGAUAGUUGGUUCGCAAAUGAGAAUCACAUUCGCGAUUGGUUAAACUGCACCCCCCAUAGCCAAGUGGUCUUGAGAGUUGGGCUACCGUACAACAGUGUACAUCAUGGAAGACCGUACUACAUAAUGUGGUCGGCUGUUUACAUUGUCAACGGGCAAACCGUUCAUGUGAGAUGGCGCUACGACCGCAUCUUCAUCGGGAUCAUCUUGUGCUGUCUGGGCAUCUAUGGAUUGGCCUAUUGGUGGCUGAUGGAGGGCGUUGAGAUCGACUACCAGGUGGAGGAUAUUGCGUCGAGGGAUGCCGUGGAAAACCAGCUCGGCCUCCGCCAGUCGACCAUCGAGGAGCAGUGCUCGAAGACGACGGGACGUUGCUGGAGGGUGGUGGACCGACUGAUUGAGGACAACCUCGGCUCCUAUGCAGAGCGCUGCCUCUUCAUGCAGGGCUUCGAAGAUGAGAGCGACUCGUCGAUUCGCAUCAUACCACCUGCCGGCACCUCGUCUCUAGCCGAAAUCUUCAGCAGCUCGGACAGCCGCUUCUGGCAAAUCGACCACACCCAGAUCACCGCCCAAUACGUCGCCGCGCUUGCCAUCGCCCCAUUCGUGUUCGGGACCUUCAAAAUGGACGAUAAAAAGGAGAAGCGCUCACUUCUCGAGAUCGGCCUCGGCGGCGGCACCUACGCCGGUUUCAUGCGCCACCACCGCCCCAAUCUGAACAUCACCUCCGUCGAGCUCGACGAGACGGUCAUCUACUUGGCCGACAAGUGGUUCGGCUUCAAGCAAAGCCCACUCCUCCAUGUACACGCCGAUGACGGGAUUGUCUUUGUCGAAAAGGCCGCACGGCGAGGAGAAGCCUGGGACGUCGUCCUGAUCGACGCUUGUGAUGGUAGUCAGAUUAUCCCAUGUCCGGCGCACGUCUUCCUCAACGACGUCUUCAUGGCCGACGUGCGGAAGGUGGUCAAGGAUCAGGGAUUACUCAUCGUCAACAUCCUCGACCUGCACGAAAAUGCCGCAAACAUUGCUGGGGUCUCCAAGCAGUUCGCCAGCCACUUCCCGACCUGCGCCACACUGCACAUGAAUUAUGAGAUCAACGUCAUCCUCGUCUGCCUACCGUACCAAAUUGGGGACGCCGACGCGCAGCUGCGCUUCUUCGAGUCCAGGAUUCCGCACGUCGUCGAGCAGCUUGGGUUGAAGAAGCUGUUGCCGCAUGUGGCCCCGCCGGUGGUCAGCAAUGGGCUGAAUCUCGACCUGGACGGGUUGAUCGACGACAUCAAUGCGAUGACGACCACUGAUCCAAAAGACGAGCCGAAAGUUGAAGACGUCAGCGAAGCCUAUCUCCGCCUUCAUGGCAUUCUCGACCUCAACAAAAAUGAUCUCAACUUUGAUGGUCUGAAUGUCAACCUCGAUUUGGACGAGCCGAAACGCAAAGCAGCGGCAAGCCAAAACCACUCUGCUCCGCAACACACCCAACAACAUUUUAAUGCCAACGCGAUGGUCCGGCGCCAAGUGUUCGAUCCCAGUUACGGUGUUUCUCAACCCCUGCCGCAACAGCCGAGCCCCUUUUACGGCCAGCAGCUCACUCACCAGCCAGACCGUUACUACGCCAAUCAGCACCAGUCGGCUGUUUAUCGGCAGCAGCAACAAAAUGCGUGCUACAACCAGACUGGGGCUUGGCAAAAUCAGGCUCACGCGUUCCGACCGAAUUCAAACAACGUGCAAGCCGAGCAUUACUUUAAUGCCAACCAGCAGGCUUUCCAUGUCCAACAUCAACUGCAGCAGCAGCAGCAGCAGCAGCAGCAGCAGCAGCAGCACAACUACAACUGGAUGCAGAUGAGGGAUGGCGGAUACCAAUAU